AUGAUCGAAAAUCCAGUUGAGGACGAAAAGGCAAUGGAUAAACCCAUCCCUCUCCUAAAAGAGCGACUAUCUCUCCCCCACCGCCUAAGCUGUUUCGUCCAUCUCUGGCUUUUUAAAUCACUAGCCACCCUCUACUUCCUCUAUUUACGCAUCGUCCACCCACCUAAACCGGGGAUCCAACCAACCCUCAUCAAGCGCUAUGCCUGCCGUCCAACCCUGGAAACACGCAUCUUCUACCCGCGCUUGUACAAACCCGCGCAGCGCCAACUACUCCCACUCUACCUGAACAUCCACGGAGGCGGAUUUGUGGUAUGCGAUGCGAGCGUCGAUGACCCCUUCUGUAGCACCUGGGCCAACCGCACCGGAAUGCUAGUCGUCAGCCUCAACUACCGGAAGGCGCCGCUCCACCCAUUCCCAACAGCCACCUUUGACGUUGCCGAAGUAGUCAAGUACGUACUAGCAGAUGACUCACUCCCGAUUGAUCACUCACGCAUCGCCAUCGGCGGCUUCAGCGCAGGCGGCAACAUCGCGCUAUCUGCCUCGCAAUUACCAGGUCUGAAAGGCCUGAUAAAAGCAGCGGUGAUAUACUAUCCUAUCAUCGACUUCAGCCACCCACCUGAUGAAAAGCUGGACUCGAGGCCGUAUAAAGAUGGUCCGAAGGAUAACCUAGAGGAGACCUCCUGGUGGUUAGACUGGGGUUAUGUGAGCGUGGGGCAGAACCGAAGGGAUCCGCUGCUUAGUCCGGUAUAUGCGGGGCGGGCUGAGCUACCGUCGUGGAUUUAUAUGAUUGGAGCACAAUGGGAUAUGCUUCGUUUGGAGACGCAGAAGAUGAUUCAUGGAUUGGCCGGAUUGGAGGAUAGAACUGGUGUUGAGCAGGAGGAGGACUUUGAGGUGGGCACGUAUAAGUGGACGUUGGCGAAAGGGUGUCCGCAUGGUUUUACUCACGAGUCACCGGGACGAAAGAAGGAGGGUGUUAGUAGGAGUAAGAGGGAGGAGGCUACGCGGAGAAUUUUUGAAGAGGCGCAUGAGUGGUUGAAAAAGUCCCGUGUACUUUCCUAG